AGGCACAGUUCCCCUCUCUGUCGUGCAGUAAAUCCCGCCCACGGUCAGUGCGAUCAGUUACUGCUUUUGACUACAUUUCGCAUUCGCAAGAUAAGAGAGCUUUUUCGCCCCUUUUGGCGUGCCUUUACAUUCCAGAAUUCCUCCACCUCUUGUCUUUGUGUGAAAAAGAAGAAAAUAUUCACUACCUCCGCUUUUGCUACCCUUUUUUGCUUGAAAUAUAAAGUUGAAACUUUCUACUCCUAGCGUGAAGGUCCGAAAUAUUUUACCCGUGAAUCCGUAAAAGAUCACCAUGCACAGCGACAGUUCGUCUACGUCCCGCUCCGGCUCGCAGUUGCGAGCCGAGCCGUUGCUCCAAUCUCCGUACGAGGUGCACUACGAAACGCCCCUGCAAAUGCGCAUGAGCGACAGCCCGGGCGGGGGCUCCUCGGCGAGCAGUUCGAAUAACACGCAGCGGGAAAGUCUGAUCCUGAACAUCGACGUGAGCAGCAUCAACGACGAUCGCUCUUCGGAACCUGGUGGAGGCUCCUCAGCAAGCGGCUGGCGAGGCGCCGUGACAAAAGCGGGAAGGUGGGUGAAAGUUCUAUCUACAAUAGCGUGUUUUACUUUUAGGAUCAAAGGAACAUCGCUAAACUAUGCUGGAAAGCCUCUCACUGUUGUAGCGGUGUCUAGAACUGAGACUGGCUGGCGCAGCGCUUGUAUGGACGGAAAUUUAUGAUGUGGUUUUACGUCGAAUCAUUAUUGAUUAAGUACGUCGAGCAGUUUUUCUUCUGCAGACCGCUGGCCAGUGACGACCACCCCGAGUUUUCAUGCUGCUUGCCAGUCACUGUUUACGUUCUAAGGACAAUCAUUCCAAACAGGACCCUCUUUGUGAACCUGUGCCUGUGUCGGUGGCCGCGCCGGUCGUUUGAGUCGAUGGACGUUACAAAGUGGCGCGCAGCAAACCACCAGUACCAGCGCGCCCCGCCAAACACGACACUGCAGGAGUUCUUGGAUCAGAGCAAUCGAGAGUUGCAGCCCGAUGGCGGGGCAGAAGCGGUGGUAACCGUCUUGCCAGAGCCCGAUUCCUCCAACCGGCUUAGCAAGCAGUAAGUAACGUUGAUAAAACCGUGUUUGAUUGAUGUCUUGUGCGCGCUAGGAAUUCUUUUCUCCAGUGGCAUAUUGCUUUUCCAAAACUCGUCCACUUUAAUGUUUUCUUUGUUUCGAAAUUCUUGAAGGAGGACCAAUUUCUUUUUCGCAUCUUAAACUUUCUUUGAUAUUUUCCAUUUCUUCGGCGCGGUGAUGUGGGAAACAUAACAAAAUUUCUUGCACAACUACAGCGCCCUGUUUUCUGAUGAGCCGACCAACGCGGUGCAAGCCGGCUUGGAGGACGGCGAUGACGAUUAUUUUCAUGACGACGAAGACGAGGAGGUGAUUGCUCGACCGAGUCUGGAAGCUGCUGGAUUGCCGCAAAGUCGUGUGUUUAAUAUGCAGCGGGAACGGCAAGACUCGGUCGAACUGGAAGAGCCUACACAAGAAGAAGGGCCCCACGAGGACAGCAGAAAAGCCGAGAAGCAGCAGAUGCUCAAGGGUCGUCCCGAUAGUGCGGGUUUGACAAAUGGUGGUCUUCAACAAGCGCCCUUGAUGGCGGCGAGCAGGAAGACGAAAAAAUCGGGCAAGAGUGUUGCAGCGAGAGAGAUCAGAAUAGAAGAGCACGCGGUGGUAGAGACUGGGACGUGAUGGUGAUCCUUAUCUCUUCUGCUUUAUCUCAUCUCCUCAUGAUGAACUGCAAAAAGAGAAACCUUGAAUGAAACUACAUGACGAAGUUGCGCGAAAGCGACUCUUACGCAUAGAAGCAGGUGCUCGUAUGAAACGAAGGUUGGCGAUGUCCUUGCGCAGAGCAGCUACGGAGACGUCUAGCGUGAACCACAGCUUCGGCGCAUUUUUGCGCUCGUCUUCUAUUUCUUCGCCAU